AAUAAUAGUUAUGAUGUUUCAGUAAACAAUCAUGUUGCCAAUAAUAUUCUUGUUGUUCAUUAUCGUGGCGAAAACUAGUACUUUAAGCAUCGGCGUAAAGGAAAACGAUAUAAUCAAACGUGAAGCUAUCGGGGAUUUCUUUCCCGACUGGGUUCCCUUUAAAAACAAACAUGGCGAUGAGCUGGGAGAAUUCAUAGAUGUCCCCAAACCAAAGCCGAAGAAGAGGCUCGCGCCUCCGAUGAACUUUAUGUUGAGAGUGGACGAUAAGGAGGGUGCUUAUGAUGAGCAGAAGGAAAACUAUGAUGAAGACUACUAUGACGAUGUCCAGAAACCGGCAUUAGACAGUAAUUCAAAGAACAUAUCCUAUUCGGAUAUAGCGGAAAUUGAUAGCAUUGUAAAUAUCAUCACAAAGCCCAGUGAUAAUAUUUUGAUAAAGCCCUUGGUAAACCUGAGGCGGUCGCGUGAUAAAAAACAAAACGAAGAAACUGAUAAAAACUCUAAAAGUGACGAAAGUUAUGAUGAUAAUAGUGAACAUGUGAGUGAAAAAGAAGAUAGCAUAAACAGUAAAGAAGAAAAUGCAGACUAUCAUAGAGGUGAUGAUGAUAAUAUUAAACAUUAUUCUAGUAAUUCUGAUACGAAAAAAAAUGUCGAAGUUGAUAAAGAAAAAAUAGAUGAAAAAUUUAUUAGUCAUCAGAAAAAAGAUGAAAGCAUAGAAAACUCAAACCAACGUAUUGAUAGUUUGGCACCCCCAAGUAAUGAAAAAAUCAGUAAUAAUAAUAAAGAAGACACAGUUAACGAUACUGAUUGGGACAAGGUUAAUAAUCAAGAUGAGGAAAAAGAGGACAACAAGGAUGAAUACUACGAUCAAGAUAGUGUGGAAGAGAAAAAAGAGGACAAGGUUGGGACUAUUGCGAAAGAAAAAAUUAGUAAUACACCAUACAAAUCAGGUGAUAAAAAGAAAUACAAAGAAGAAACUAGUGCUGAAGAUACAAUAGAUACAAGUAGGAAAAUUAAAGAAAAAACUAGUAAGGAAGAAAAAACCCAAACUAGGGAGGAAGACAAAGAACACACUAGCAAGGAAGAACAAGCUCCAAAUAGUAGGGAAAGGAAAGAAAACACAAGUAAAGAGGAACAAGCUCCAACUAGGGAAGAAGAUAAAGAACUAACUAGUAAGGAAGAAAUAGAGCACAAAAAAGACGAUGAAGUAAGUGAAAAACAGCGUCUGGAGGAUGAAGCUAAAAAAGCUAAAAUCUUAAGUAGCGUCGAUGAUCUUAAAGAACGUCAUGCAAAAGAGCAGAGAAGAAUAUCUGAACGAGUCAAAGACGAGGAGAUGACACGGGAAGAGCGUGUCCAGGAUAGUUAUCGAUCAGAUGAAGAUGACGAUAAGUAUGGCAAAAGAAGCUACUCCCGCUGGGUAAAUGCACCUAUCGAAGAUGGUGAAUAUCAAGAGGAAGAGGAUCCAGAGUUUGACAAGUAUAGAAUUACUUCCUCCGAGUCAAUAUCUACUACUACUAAAAAGCCAGUAAGAACAAAAAAGAGAAAAUCGAAAAAUAAAUCUUCUGGCAAGCUUUCCACCUUCCGAGACGAUGGCACUUUGUUCGGUAAUGAUGACGAUAAAAUAUCUCACGAUUCAAGGUCUGCCAAGGUAAGAAGUCCGAAAAAAUUUUCAGCUCGAUACUCAGCGACUACUACACCCCCUCCAGAAGACGAUAAUUUGAGAAUAUCGUUGGUACCUAAGGACAUCGAUGAGGAUGUAAAAGUCUUCUUCCGUAAAAAGUCAAAAACCAAGCGCAGGAACAAAACGACGCCACCGCCUGAGCUGGACAAAUAUAGUUUGGCGGAGCCGAUUUCUUCCCCUAGCGCGACGGGCAGGGACGCAGAUCCAUCGGCAUCAGAUCCAUUUUCUUCCAUAUCCAACACUGCCCCAUCGGCUCCCGAUGUAGUGUCCGCAAACUUUGCUCCCUCGGCAUCAAACACUCUGCCAUCGGACGCCGCUCCCGCGGAGUCAGCGACGGCUCCAUCGGCUGCAGAUACUGGACCUUCCGCCGCCGAGACCGCACCGUCUGCUGCAGAGGCAACAGACUCCACCCACGCCUCUUCUAACAAGAAAGUUGAGAAGAAAUCUGAGGACUACCACCAUGAAAAAGGUGGCGGCAAGCAGCACGACUCCGAUCACGAAGAGGAACACGAGGAGCACGGGAAGAAGGCUUACGAGGGCGUUCACAAGGAGACGAAGACCAGGAAGGGCCACCACGAUAAGGAGAACCACCACGGCAAGUACGACGACCACGGCGGCGUCGAAAAGCAGCACCACGAGGAGCACGGCCACUACGGAGACCACAACCACGAGGAACACGGCAAGAAAUUCGCCAAGUACGAGGAGUCGGGCAAGCACUCCAAGGGACACAGCACGAAGGGCAGCCACGACAUACACAAAAAGGAUGAGUACGAGAAGAAGGUGGAGUUCUUCGAGGAGGAGGGAGACUCCGCGGAGGAGGAGAAGCAUGGCGGACACCACGAUGAGAAGGGACACAAGUCGGGAGGUCACUUCAAGAAGUCGAACCUGCAGGCCGACCACAAAGGGCACCACAAGGGCGAAAAGGGCCACUUCAACAAAAACGGCUUCGCCCACCACGAAAAGGGCCACAAGUUGUCCGGCGGCCACGACGGUCACGGGCGGCACGCGCACGCGCAUGCGCACAAGGACGCCGGCGGCGGCGGGCGCAAGUGGAUCUACCACCACGGCCACCCCGCGCGCACCGCCAACCUCGUCGUCAUUGAGAAGAGGCACGACCUGCAGCACGGACCGUUGUAUUAUGGGUAGAGGAAG